UGAGGGAGGGCGGGGUGAGUGCCAGGCAGGGACGGCGAAGUCUCCUGCAUCGUCUGUAAAUAUGUCAGUGUGCCAGUGAGCCCUAGUGAGCCCCGCGACGCCCCUGCUGCCGCCAUGGGAGAUAGGAACUCUCGCAGAAUAAUAGAGCUGGUCAAAUUGGUGGGCAACAGCCUGUGUGCCGACUGUGGCUGUCCCAACCCAGAAUGGGCAUCUUACAACCUUGGUGUGUUCAUCUGCACCACAUGUGCGACCUGGCACAGGAAGCUGGGAACCCACGUGUCCAAGGUGAAGCAUCUCAAGCUGGACAAGUGGGAUGAUGAGCAGGUGCAGGGUAUGGAGGAGAUGGGGAAUGAGAAAGCCAAACAGAAAUAUGAGCAGCAUGUCCCUCCCUGCUACAGAGUGCCCAAACCAGGCGACCCUCCUGUGCUACAGGAGCAGUGGGUGAGGGCCAAGUAUGAGCGGCAGGAGUUCAUACACGUGGACAAACAGACAUACAUCACCAAUGAGAUUGAGGGACGGCUGAUGAAGAAGGCACGAGAUGAAAACAAGUAUUAUGAGAGGAAGUUUUCAGUGUCGGAGAAUUCUUUAAAGUAUUACAAUAAGGAGAACUCGAAGGAACCCAAAGUGACCAUCACCCUGUCUGAGCUCAGCAUAUGCCUGGCGCCGCCCAAGAUGAAGCAGAACAAUGGCAUGCAACUCUCCUACAUGUGUGACGGCUCCACUCGGCACAUCUAUGUUUACCACGCCCAGGGGGAGACCAUCAUCCACUGGUACAUGGCCAUCCGCAACAUCAAGCUGAACCGUCUCCUUGUGGCCUACCCGAGUGCUACGCCGGAGGAGGUGGUUCCUUACUUAACCAAUGACUUCGCAAUGGAGGGCUGGCUUUCCAAGACAGGGCCCAGCGAGAGGGAUGCAUACCGAAAGAGGUGGUUCACUCUGGACGACCGCAAGUUAAUGUACCAUGAGAAUCCAAUGGACCCGUACCCGCGAGGGGAGAUAUUCCUGGGGCACAAGGAUGACAACUACAGUGUGAAGGAGGGUGUGCCAAGAGGCUGCAAGGACCAUGACUGUGCCUUCUCCCUGGUCACUCCCGAUCGGACAUUUGUCAUGUCAGCGCCAACAUGCGAGGAGAGAGCACAGUGGAUGAAGGCAAUCAACACCGUGCUGGAGCGACCCUUGCGGCCACAGGACAAUCAGAUGGCGGUCAACUUGGUUCGGAAAAAACCAGGCAAGUUCAGCUUAGACAUCUUCAGCUUAGGUUAAGAGCGGAUUCAUUCCACCGCGAUCACUCGUGCUUCAGAUGAUACUAUGCUAUAUCUCUAUUUUCUGUCAGAUGUGUAUGUAUACCACUGUAGUGUUGUAGUAGCUAGAUAGUUGUAGUAGUCAAUCCAAGUGCAAUCUAAUACUGUCAAGAGGUUAAUAUUAGACUCCUUCUCACCCCAAUAAGUCGACCAUGUACGCACAUUUUUCCCUCAAGCUUAACGUUCUCCAAAUACUCCUUCGUGCUGCUCAACCCGUUACUCAGCUGGCUAGUGUGGUGCGGUCACUGUCUCUCUGCCGAUUCUGCAGUUCGAUGUGGUGGAUUUGUGACUGGUUGGGCUUAUAAUUGUUCUCCAAAUUUGUCAGGUUUUCUCUAAGGUAUCAAGGAUUGUGUGAAUUUGUCUGUAUUUGAUGUCAGGUUGAAAGCAUCAGAGACUGGAUUUGUUAGUAUUUGCAGUUAUUUUUUUAUUUAAAGGAUCAAAACUAUGCAAUUUUUUUUUUUUUUUCUCUCACUUCUUGAUAAAGAACCAAAGACAAUACAUAUGUGUUAGUAUUUGGUGCUACGUUUUCUGCAAAGCAUCAGAGACUACGGGUUUAUUAGUGUUUGCAGUUAUUUAUUUAUUUUUUUUAUUUAAAGUAUUAAAAACUUUAUUUUUAAAGUAUUUUUGUGUUUGCUCCUCCAUAAAGGAUCAAAGACAAUAUGAAUGUAUCAGUAUUUGUGUUAGGUUACCUGCAAGGCAUCAGAAACUAUACAAUGUCAUUAGUAAUUUUGUGUUCUCAUUUAAAGGAUCACAGUAUAAAAAUGUGUAUCUAGGUUUGGGUUUUCCAUAGAGAAUCAAAUACUGUACCAAUUUGUAAGUGUUUGAUGCCUCGAAGAGGAACUAAACAUAAUGAGAAUUAGUUAUACUUAAACACUAAUUGGUAUAACCACUAAAUUAUGUUACGUUUUCUAUAGAGCAUCAAGGACAAAUUUAUUAGGAUCUGAUGCCGUAAAGAGAGACUGACAGACUGAGAAUCCAUUAUACUUCUGCAGUUAUAGAUUCAUUUCUUCGGAUUGUGGGGUGUUCCCAAGGCCACACAUGAAUAUUUACACUCACAACACUGGUUUCUAAUUAUAAAGCCAAUAUUUAAGCCACUCCCAGCCACAUCACACACUGCAACAAUUCACUCCACAGGGUUACCAUAUUCCACAUUGCAUCCCUCAUCACUCUACACCACACUCUGCUGCACUUCAUACCAUACCCUACCACAGUAAAUCCCUUACCCUACCACACUGCCACACUCCACACCACACUCUUAAUAUAUGCCACACCACAUUCCUCAUCACUCCACACUACCACAGUCCAUUCCUCACCCUACCACUCACACAGCACACCCUGCCACACACAUACCACACCCUGCUACCACAUCCUUGUCACCACUUCUUGUGCUCAUAAAUUAAAGCAAAAGGACCAAGUUAUUUUAUUCACAACUUCAAGAAAAAAAGAAAAAAUCAUAAAUCAAGCAUUCUGAAAUUGCAACUUUAACUGUCCUUUUCUAAAACAAAAAAUCAAAAUGUCAGAUUAGAUUUGAUAUACCUGAGUCAAAAUUCUGUGUAUAGAGAAUCGUAUGUGUCUCUUUAACACUUUCAGUGCUCUGGUUAUUCCUUAUUUUCAUUUAGAGUAGUGUUUAAAAGAAUUCUUCAGAUGGACACACACAAAAAGAGAGAGAAUGGGAGGUUUACUGCAGAGAUUAACCUUGUCUCUUCCAGGCUACAGAACUACUUAAAAGACUGUAGUACAAAUGUAAGUGUCUAAAAAAAUGUUGUUGACUAUGGAAAAUAUUGUUAGAAAAUAUUGUAAAAGGGUGAAAAAGUUGACUGACAUGUAGCACUGUAUUCCCCAAACCCUCCUCUCUUCCUGGAAAAGUCAGUCUGAUUGGAUUCUGCACUCAUGGGUAACAGUCCUUCAUCUCUCUUUGUGUGUGUCACUUUAAGAGGUCAGGAACCAACACACAUAGCAUUGUAUUUCACAAAACCUCCACCAUUCCUUGUAAAGUCAAUACGUCAAAUCAGAUUCUGCAUGUCUGAGUGUCAAGCCCUCUCCUCCCUCUGUGUGUGUCUCUUUAAAAGGUCAACUGGUAUCAUUCUCCACCAAAUGUUUGUUCUCUCAAUCUGAGUAACGUAACUUUUCAUAAUUUCCUCUGGUAUUUUUUAAUUGGAGAAACUUAACUUAUAUCCAUUUCCAUCUUAAGUAUUUUCAGUCAGUAACUUAACUUUUUGAAAUUUCCACGUAAAGAAACUUGUAUCAAUUUCCAUCUAAGCAUUUUCAAUCAGUAACAUUACUUUUCAUAAUUUCCACUUUAGUACUUUAAUUGGAGUACUUUUCAUAAUUUCCACUUUAGUACCUUAAUUGGAGAAACUUGUAUUAAUUUCAUCUAUAUAUUUUCAAUCAGUAACUCAACUUUUCAUAAUUUCCACCUAAGUAUUUUUGAUCGUAGAAACUUAAAUGUGUAUUCGUCUCUAUUCAAGUGUUUUCGGUCAAAUCUCAAACAUCUUAUAUUUUUCUACUUGGUACAUGCUUUUCUUAUCCAUCAGAAAGACAUAUUUAUUUAUUCUCCUUUCUUGAUAUCAUUUUGAGUCAGUACCUGGUGUUGAGUCUCAAUUCAGAGUUCAUGGCAUAAUUUUUAAAUGGUACAUCAGAUGAGUCAUUCAGAUUUGAGGCCUUAUUUCUAAAUGUAAAACGUUCAUGAGUAUACACAUGAAACACACACACACACACACACACACACACACACACACACACACACACACACACACACACACACACAAACACAAACACACACACACACUCAGCACAUACACAGUCACAUUCACAAUCAAAAUAAGCCAAGUCCAUACAUUAGCCAUGGAGGGUAUACGUAUUAAUAAUAAUAAUAAUAAUAACUGUAUUUUAUCAAACCUCUUGGUGUUAGUCAUACUUUCUGAGACAUAUAUUAUAAAGGCAUAUAAAUUACCACACCACAUGUCAGCCCUGCCUUUUCCCAAACAUUCCUGUAAACCAUCUCAGACACUUCUGUUAAAAACAAUCACUGAAAGUUUCUCAAAAAUGGAAUUUAAAAAAUCUCCCAAACCAACAUGUUUUUAAAAACUUGCUCCUCAAAAAAAAAAAUAAUAAUAAUAAUAAAUAAAUAAAUAAAUAAAUAAAUAAAAAAAUACGUUAACUUUUUUAAAAAACAAUCAACUCAAAAACUAUCUUAACUUCUUAAAAAAUAAAAAACUAUCUUAACUUCUUAAAAAAUCAUCCUCAAGCUCUCAAAAAAAAAAAGAAAAAACA